GCAAGCCGAGCUCUGCCUCCGGAGAGGAGGAGGAGGAGGAGGAGGAAGAGGAGGAUGGGUCCGUCCCCCCAGCCCUUGCCCGGCUCCAUGUCCCGCUCAGCACCGACACCAUCCUCAUCCUCACCGCGCGGGAAUGAAGGAGCAGAAUCUGGGCUGCCAGGUCAGGGAGGGGGGAUUUAAUCUCUGGGGCAGAUGAAGAGGCUCUGAAAAGAUUGAAGAAGCUCUGAAGAUAUUGAAGAAAUCUAAGAUUGGAAGCUCUGGAGGUAUUGAAGAGGCUCUGAGAAUUGAGGAACUCUGAAAAUGAAGGGCUCUGAAGAUAUUGAGGAAGUGUGGAUCUCAGACUCAGGACUGAGGUGCGAAGUCACGAACACCAGCAAAAUGAAGGGACUCUGAAGAUAUUGAGGGCUGAAGAUAUUGAGGAAGCUCUGAAGAGAUUCCUCUUUGCAGUCGACAGUCCCGGGGAGGAUUUUCCAGCAUGCCAGGGGCAGGAGAGGGGAAGGAGGAUGAGGAGCUGGAGGAUGAGGAGCUGGAGGAUGAGGAGCUGGAGGCUCCGGAGGCUCCGUCAGCCGGGAAGAGCCGAGGCUCAGGAGCAGGAUGGGCGUGGGGAGUGGUGUUCCACUUCUUCCUGGUCAAUGUGCUCGUGAUGGGGAUGCUGAAGACCUUUGGGAUUUUCUUCGUGGCUUUCCGAGAGGAGAUGGGGGGAUCCUCAGAGCAGCUCAGCUGGAUCGGCUCCAUCAUGUCCUCGCUGCGCUUCCUGGGAGCCCCGCUGGUGUCCGUGCUGUGCCGACGCCUGGGAGAGCGCCCGAUCUCCAUCCUCGGCGCUGGGCUGGUGGCUGGGGGCUGCCUGCUCAGCACCCAGGCCACCAGUGUCCCCUUCCUCUGCUUCUCCAUGGGCUUCCUGCUGGGGCUGGGCUUUGCCUGUCUGUACCAGGCAGCUGCAGUGGUCACAGCCAAGCGCUGCCGGGCUCGCCUGGGGCUCAGCAACGCCCUGGCCCGCUCGGGCAUGGGGCUGACCUUCCUCAUGGCCCCCUUCACCCAGCUGCUCAUCGAGGCCUAUGGAUGGCAAGGUACUCUGCUGAUUUUUGGAGGCAUCAUGCUGAACCUGGUUCCUUCCAGCAUGCUGCUGUGGCCUGCCAGCCCCCAGCUGCCUCAGAAAUCUGCCAAAAACCAACACCAGGGGUCUCCAGGGGCAGAGAAAGAUCCAGAAGCUCCUGGUGGGUGUUCAGAUGGAAGCACCCAGAGGGAAUUUCAGCUUCUCCAUGCACAGGAGAGAAUGGUGGUGCCCCAUGACAGAGAUGCCUCAGAGCCAGCAAAUCCAUCUGCCCUGCAGAAACCCAGCCUGGAGAGCUCCUGCCCAGAAACCCUCACCAAGGCCAGGAGAAGCCACCAAACCCCUGCAGCCACCACAAAGGAACCUCCUCAGCCUCUGCUGGACUUCUCCCCGCUGAAGGAUCCUGUUUUCUACAUCUUCACCUGGUCCUUCCUCUUCAGCCACCUGGCCUAUUUCGUGCCCUUCUUCCACCUGGUGGCCAGAGCCAGGACCUUGGGCUUGAGCAGCAGGGAUGGCUCCUACCUCAUCGCCGUGGCUGGCAUCACGGAGAUGCUGAGCCAGCUGCUCUCGGGCUGGGUGGCCGACCACAACUGGACCAAGAAGUACCAUUUCCAUGUCACCUACCUGCUCCUGAGCGGGGCCACCAACCUGCUGGGGCCGCUGGCCACCUCCUUCCACCUGCUGCUGGCCUACACCGUGGCCCUGGCCACCUUCUGUGGGGGCUUCAUGGCCCUGGUGCUGCCCGUGCUGGUGGAUCUGGUGGGUGUGGAGAAGCUCCACAGCAACCUGGGCUUUGCUGCUUUCUUUGCAGGUUUAGCAGCCAUGGGAGGACCCCCUCUGGCAGGGUGGCUCUAUGACUACACCCAGACCUACGCCUGCUCCUUCCUCUUUGCUGGAGCCUGUGCUCUCAUCUCACCCAUCUCCUUCUUCUUUGAGCCUGCAGCCCAAAAAUGGAAGCUAAAAAAAGCCAAUUUGAACAAAAACUGAAGUUUUAAAGGCUGAGCUUUGAUCAUAUCUACGUGGGAAAGCCAUUGCCUGAACUGGGAAGGAUCAACAGCAGCAACACUGAAAAUACCAGAAUAUUCCAAAAUAACUGGAAUUUUUGGAUGUCAGAUUCAGUUUGGAUAGCUGGAUAUUUGUGCUGAUUAAAGCCAGCUGAGAAAGGCACAGUGUGAAGUGUAUGGGGGAAAUGCAGCCCAUGGUGGUGCCUCAGCUCCUGAGCUGGGUUUUUGUGCCUCUCAGAUUGAAUCCUCAGCUCUGUCCUGGACUCACUCACCUCGUGGCAUGAGCAGCUCCCAGAGAUUCCAGCUCAUUUCUGCUCACUGGCCCUGGGGAGGGAUGAGGGCAGGGAGAUCCUUCCUUCCAUGAGGGUCCUGCAGGAGCUCCAUGAGGGUCCUCCUCUCUCUGGGGCAAGGAUGCUGCAGUGGGGCCACUCCACAUCCCAGCACAGUCACUGCCACAGCACACAUGACCUGGAGGCAAAGCCAGUUUAAUUAAAGCCAAAUAAUAUAAAUAAUAUUAUAUAAUAAUAUAAUAAUAUAAUAUAAAGCACAACACAGCAAAGUCAGAGACCAAACCCACCCUCCCCAGCUUCCCAACCCUCCAGGGACUCCUGUCAUGGACAUAUUUUAUGAAAAAUUGUUUCAUUAGGAUCUUUUCUCCUGAGAAGCUGAGAAGCCUCAGAGGAAAAGAAAAACAAUGAUUAUCUGCUGCUGUGGAAUGCAACAGGUAAAUCCUUGAUUGGUCUCAUGUGGUUGUUUCUAAUUAAUGGCCAAUCACAGUCCAGCUGUCUCAGACUCUGGUCAGUCACAAGAUUUUAUAAUUUCAUUCCUUUCUAUUCCUUUCAAGCCUUCUGAUGAAAUCCUUUCUUCUAUUCUUUAGUAUAAUUUUAGUAGAUAAUUGUCUUUUAAUAUAAUAUAUAUAAUAAAAUA